AUGGUGGACCUCCUUCCCCUUGACCAGCCUCUGUCCCCGGAAAAGAGUGCUCUGGGAGCUGUCAUUGUAUUCCUAGUCCUCCUGAUAAUCUACCUCGUGAGACUCAAUCAACUACUCCUUGGCACCCCCGACGAGAUCAACAAGGUUGUACAGGAACCAUGGACCAAAGAGGUACUCCUCGAGACAUAUCAGCGCUUGGAGAAGAAUCCCAUCACCACGAGCAGUUAUGCCGAUCGCAUCCCACCCAAGCUCGACCGACGGUACAUCAUCACGGGAGGCUCAGGUCUCAUAGGAGGACCUUGCAUCAAACCCCGCGCGCAGCAGGUUGACUUCGUACAGGCGGAUAUCUCCUCCGCAGCUGCCACGGAACGUGCCUUCUCCAAGCCCUGGCCGGCUGAGGUCUCCCAUCUACCCCUGACCGUAUUCCACACUGCCGCCGUCAUCGUCCCAUCGGACCGGUCGAAGCUUGUUUAUGGCCUAUGUGAUGCUGUCAAUGUGCGCGGCACGCAGCACGUGGUGGACGCCGCGCGGCGUGCGGGAGCCGAUGUGUUCGUGUCGACAACGUCAGCGAGCAUUAGCAUCAGACCCGUGGAGUUGUGGGUGUCGCCGUGGAGGGUGCUGAGAGGAGAGGGGCCCCGGCGGUUUUGGCAGGCGCUGGAUGAGAGGGAUUUCUUUGAGCCUAUGCGCGAGCACGACGAGUUCUAUGCGAAUUAUGCCGCGUCUAAGGCUAGGGCGGAGAGAAUUGUCUGCGAGGCAAAUUCUUCGGAGUUUCGCACAGGAUGUAUCAGGCCUGCGAACGGAGUGUAUGGGAACUUCACCGAUAAUACGGUUGGCGGAGCUCUGGCCAGAUCAAUCUGUCCAACAUGGACCUCCCAUAUCGUACACAGCUUUGUGCACGGCAUCAACGUUGCCAUGGCACACCUCAACUUUGAGGCCAUCCUCAUUGACCCCAAAUCCGCAUCUUCGCCACAGGCUGGGCGCCCCUUCGUGGUUACUGACCCAAAUCCUCCAAUCCGAUACCGAGACUUGUACUUCCUGCUACAGACACUGGCCGUUACCCCAUUCCGGAUCCUACCUCUUCAACCUGUGGUCAUGGUACUACUGUCGUACGUAAUUGAGUGGUACACAUUGUUACUUGUCAAGCAUCCCCUUCUGCGUAAGAUGCUGCCUGAGAUUACCGGCGAGGCAAAGCAUCUCAAGCCGGGGCUCUUCAGCAUCUGCACACACCUGGUUGGCUCCAACGCGGUUGCAAGCAAGCCUGUGUCUGAGGGUGAGCUUGGAUAUGUCGGAGUCCUGACGACGCUAGAGGGCAUGGUACAAGAGGUAAUUGAGUGGAAUCAAGACCACAAGAACGCUCCGCAAAACAUCAAGUCGUACCAGACUAGUGUGUUGUUGGCAGACGAGAUAGCACGAGCAGCAGCAGCGGCUGGUGCCGUAUCUAGGGGUUGA